CUGCCCGCCUUCCGGGAGCCAUGGGGCCCGGCCGGUGGGUGAGGGCGGCCCACACAGCCCUCAGCGGGGCCAUAACGCUGGGGCUCUUCCUGCACCCCACAGACCUGCAGAAGCAAGAGGAGCGGGGAGAGCUGCUGCAGCCGCUGGGCUUCGUCCUGCUGGUGUUGUGCUCUGUCCUGCUGUACUUCAAGGUCUCUCUCAUGGAUCCAGGUUUUGUAAAGUCUGAAGAAGAAGAGGAGGCAGACAAGAGUGAAGAACAAAGCAUGGUGAUACCCCAGGCUCCAAGUCUUAUUAAGCUGAGGCGCUGUGGUUACUGCAUGGUGAAGCAGCCAAUGCGAGCCAAGCACUGCCAGCUGUGCCAGCACUGCGUGCGGCGCUACGACCACCACUGUCCCUGGAUUGAGAACUGUGUAGGAGAGAGGAAUCACCCCCUCUUCAUUGUCUACCUGAGCGUGCAGCUUCUAGUUCUGCUGUGGGGAGGUCAAGUUGCUUGGUCAGGCCUCUCCUUUGAACAGUUCUGGGACUGGCUGCAGCACAACAUCCUCCUCCUCAUAUCCUUCUUCCUGAUAGUCAUAUUCACCACUGUGGUCCUGCUGCUGCUGCUUUCACACCUCUAUCUGAUCUCCUGCAACACCACCACCUGGGAGUUCAUGUCACAUCACCGCAUCUCCUACCUGAGACACUCAGACUUGGAGAAUCCCUUUGACCAAGGGGUAGUCCUCAACCUCUGGAGAUUUUUCUGUUCAUGCCACCUCACUGCAUGGGAGAAAAUCUACUAUCACAGGAGCAAUGAGCCUGUCUAGUCCCAGUGGUACCUACCUGGUAGAGUGCCAAUGCAGCUGCAGGGGUUGGGUGAAGCUUUCCUGAUACCUUUGCUGCUGUUGCCUUGCAUGGAACUUGAGUACACCAUGAACUAUGCAACCUGUUCAAUACCUGUUCAUCCUGCAAAUUACACUUCAAGGAUAGUCAGGGUUAUUUUUUUAUAUAUCAAUAUCACUGUUAAAGGGGAUACACUGGUUCUGGGAAGGCCAGCAGAGCUGAUUUCUGGACUGAGCAGAGUUCUCUUUCCAGAUUCACUUCCUUUGCUAACUGAAUCCACAUCUCUCCUGAAAAGAUGCAAGAGGACUGUGAGCAUCCAUGUUCACUUCUGUUCCCCAAAGUUUCCCUCUCCUUUUGCUGCUAGGAAACAGGAGCUAUUACAGCCAGAAUCAAUAUAAUUCCUGUGGCCUUUCUUCAACAUAGUUCUCACUGCAAGAGCCAGGGUGCCUUUUGUCAGUGGUGUUGGACAUAUACUAGAAAUAUUAGAGUAAAUAUUUGGACAGUCAAAUGCAAACUUCGUUUUGAUCACAUGCCUCAACUUAAUGCUUUUUACUGAGAUUUGAGGCUUAAUAGUGUUAAUGUGGAUGAGAAACAGCUGUAAGGCACCAAAUUCAGCUUAUGAGAUAAUAAAUUUGUAAUUUGUGGUGCCCUGACCAGCUUCCUAACCAUUUUUUCUGUAAGUUGAUAGUGCUUAACAAUUAAUAGACCAUUUCAAGUGAAGUCAGCAAAGAAUGAUACCAUCCACUUUUUCUUUGAACAGAAAAAUAUUUGCCUACUGAAUUUUUUUUUUUUUGGUGGAUAACUUCAUGCUCUGGCCUUUCUUAUGGAUUUUGGGGAGAGAACAAGCAGCAGAGCAUGGUACUUCCUGCCUAGAGCAAGUAACAGUGUCAGUAAUACUACUACCUCAACAUCCUAGGAAAAUUUAAAAUGAAAGAAUACAGGUUUCAGCACAAGAGGAAAGAUUAUAGGUCCUGUUGUUUUCUUUGGAAGUGGAGGGUGCUGAUAGCUUUCUAGGUAGUGGCAAGAAAGCUUGUUUUCCUUUGUAAUAAAAGGUCAGGUUUCCACUAGGAACCAAAAAGAAACUUGGUAUGACCAAAAUUAGCUUUAAAAGCAGAAGAGGCUGUGAUAUGAAUUUCAGUCCUAACCCUUUCUGUUUAAAAAAAAAAAAACAAAACCAAAAACAAAACUAAUAAACAGCACCACAGACAAACCUUAGUUAAAAACCUUAGUUAAACCUUGUCUUAAUUGUGUUGGCUCAGGAAUUAACACCAGCUCAGGAGCACAUCUGGCAAGCUGGCAGGAUGCACUCAGGGUUUAAAGCUGAUGAGCACUCAUGAAAGGACAGUGCAGUUGUGAAUGCAGCACUAUAGUCCAAAAGCAGUUUCAAAACAGCAGAAGGAUCCCAUUUUUGAACAAUUACAGUAAUCUGUGCCCAUCUUGGUUUUGUUCAAGGUAGAAACUCCUACUAGAGGUAUAUCAGAACACUAAAUUGCUUUCAUAAUACUGGUGUACCAUCCAGAAAGGACUCUGCAGUUGUGUCAGUAUGGCUCAUCUGCCACACAGCAAUUUCUGGUUCUUCACCUAUCAGUCAAAUAAAAAUUUGUCAGCAGGUACAACUCAAAACACAGUUUUGCUCUGUUUGGCAGUUUUUGUUUGUUUUUUUUUUUUAAUGCACUGGGAUGGUAAUUUACAGCCUUUUUAACUUACUACAAACUGUAAAAUAAAUAAAUAUACCUUUUACACUU